GUAUGAUUAUGUUGAAGUGAUUGAUGGAGAUAAUGCUGAAGGACGCUUAUGGGGAAAGUACUGUGGAAAAAUUGCUCCCCCUCCUUUAGUGUCUUCAGGACCAUAUCUUUUUAUUAAAUUUGUUUCCGACUAUGAGACACAUGGAGCAGGAUUUUCUAUCCGUUAUGAAGUUUUCAAAAGAGGACCUGAAUGUUCCAGAAACUUUACUUCAUCAAGUGGAGUGAUAAAGUCCCCUGGAUUCCCUGAAAAAUAUCCUAAUAGCCUUGAAUGCACUUAUAUUAUCUUUGCACCAAAGAUGUCAGAGAUUAUACUGGAAUUUGAAAGCUUUGAGCUAGAACCUGAUUCAAAUACUCCAGGGGGAGCGUUCUGUCGCUAUGACCGAUUGGAAAUCUGGGAUGGAUUCCCUGAUGUUGGUCCACACAUAGGGCGUUAUUGUGGGCAGAACAAUCCAGGACGUGUCCGGUCUUCAACAGGGAUUCUUUCAAUGGUAUUUUACACCGACAGUGCAAUAGCAAAAGAGGGAUUCUCAGCAAACUACAGCGUGUCGCAGAGCAGUGUAUCAGAAGAUUUCCAGUGCAUGGAACCACUAGGUAUGGAGUCAGGAGAAAUUCACUCUGAUCAAAUCACUGUCUCCUCCCAGUACAGCGCUAUCUGGUCUUCAGAAAGGUCCCGGCUAAAUUACCCUGAGAAUGGAUGGACUCCAGGGGAAGAUUCUGUCAGAGAAUGGAUACAGGUAGAUCUAGGCCUUCUCCGCUUUGUUUCUGGAAUUGGGACCCAAGGAGCCAUCUCAAAAGAAACAAAGAAAGAAUAUUAUUUGAAAACAUAUCGCGUAGAUGUCAGCUCCAAUGGCGAGGACUGGAUUACACUGAAGGAGGGAAACAAGCCUGUUGUGUUUCAAGGGAAUAGCAAUCCCACUGAUGUUGUUUACAGAUCUUUUGCCAAACCAGUUUUAACACGGUUUGUGCGAAUCAGACCUAUGUCUUGGGAAAAUGGAGUAUCACUGAGAUUUGAAGUUUACGGCUGCAAGAUAACAGAUUAUCCUUGCUCUGGGAUGCUGGGUAUGGUGUCUGGGCUCAUUCCUGACUCUCAGAUUACUGCAUCUACUCAAGUUGAUCGAAACUGGAUCCCAGAAAAUGCUCGCCUUAUAACAAGCCGUUCAGGUUGGGCGCUGCCACCGACUACUCAUCCAUAUACAAACGAAUGGCUUCAAAUAGACCUUGGUGAAGAAAAAAAAGUGAGGGGCAUAAUUGUCCAAGGAGGCAAGCACCGAGAAAACAAAGUAUUCAUGAAAAAAUUCAAAAUUGGCUACAGCAACAACGGUUCGGAUUGGAAAAUGAUCAUGGAUUCCAGCAAGAAAAAGAUAAAGACUUUUGAAGGCAACACCAACUAUGACACGCCUGAACUGCGGACUUUUGAACCUGUAUCAACAAGAUUCAUCCGCGUCUACCCUGAGAGAGCCACACAUGGAGGACUGGGGCUGCGAAUGGAGCUGCUGGGCUGUGAACUCGAAGCUCCUACUGCUGUCCCUACCGUUUCUGAAGGCAAACCUGUGGAUGAGUGUGAUGAUGACCAGGCAAACUGUCACAGUGGCACAGGUGAUGACUACCAACUGACAGGUGGUACUACAGUGCUGAAUACAGAAAAGCCAACAGUAAUAGACAAUACAUUACAACCAGAGCUGCCACUAUACAACUUCAACUGUGCCUUUGGCUGGGGAUCCCAAAAGACUUUGUGCCACUGGGAGCACGACAACCAGGUGGAUUUAAAGUGGGCAAUCCUGACCAGCAAAACCGGGCCAAUUCAAGACCACACAGUAGGAGAUGGCAAUUUCAUUUACUCACAAGCUGACGAAAGCCAGAAAGGCAAAGUCGCCCGACUGCUGAGCCCUGUGAUUUACUCUCAGAACUCUGCCCACUGCAUGACCUUCUGGUACCACAUGUCCGGGGCACACGUCGGCACCCUGAAGAUCAAACUGCGGUACCAAAAACCAGAUGAAUAUGACCAGGUGCUGUGGACCCUGAGUGGGCACCAGGCAAACUGCUGGAAGGAAGGACGCGUUCUUCUUCACAAGUCUGUGAAACACUAUCAGGUGGUUAUUGAGGGAGAAAUUGGAAAAGGAACUGGAGGAAUUGCUGUGGAUGAUAUUAAAAUUGACAAUCACGUAGCACAAGAGGAUUGCCGAAAAUCAACUGAUGUGGAGAAUGAAAUAGAUGAAGAAGACCCAGAAAGUAAUCAAACAGGGUUUACACCUCCAUACCAUAUGGGUGAGGACUACGAUGAUAACAUCUCCAGGAAACCAGGCAACGUCCUGAAGACCCUAGAUCCAAUCCUUAUUACCAUCAUAGCCAUGAGUGCACUCGGGGUGCUUUUAGGAGCCAUCUGUGGAGUUGUCCUGUACUGUGCCUGUUGGCACAAUGGGAUGUCAGAGAGGAACUUGUCUGCACUGGAGAAUUACAAUUUUGAACUGGUCGAUGGUGUAAAACUGAAAAAAGAUAAACUAAACACACAGAAUUCAUACUCGGAAGCAUGAAGGUAUAAAGCGACUGGAGAAGUUUCAGAGAAUUGGGAUAGAAGGACAUAGCUCGGUCGUGCUGGGGAACUGUUGAUCUUCUUUUACUGUACGGGCUGAAAAGUGCAUUGAUGACACUGAGCCAAGCUUUUCUCAGGAGCUUCAAUGAGUGUGUAACCGAUAAACAUGGACAACAAUCUAUGUUAACAAUCUGAAUCAUGUACAGUCUGCUUUUUCUGUUGGUUUUAUUUGAAAUAAUCAAAUGCUGGUGUUGAGACCAAGUAUGAUUGACUUAUAGUUCAUUUUGUCUUUCUUUCUCUCCCUCUCUUUUGUUUUCUGUUAAUGGAUAAUUUUGUUUUUACUGUGCAAAAUCCAAGAUGCUGUCACAAAAUGUAUUCAGUGGGGUCCUUUGGAUGGACAUGCUGUCUGUAGCUCAGUGCCCAGAAAAUAUUGGAGUAACAGCAAUUUAGUUGACUCCUGCACCUGUAUUUGUGUAUAAUUGCUCGUGUUGUGCAUAGGCAAAGAAGGGUUAGGAUGUUUUUGGAAGUACUGCUGCAUCAGUACCGAUAUAGUGUGUCAGCUCUGUUUACGAAGCAAUACAGUCAAAUUUUAUUGAUGUUUUUCAGUGUUGUACUAAAUUUUGUGCUUGUGAACUCCAUAAAAAAAUAUGUGCCGCCAUCAGACACAACUGGUAACAGAGUGUACUGCCUAAAAACUAAACAAAAAGUCCUUGGCACUGGCUAGUGUAUGUCCUCUCAAGUGCCUUUUUGUUUGUACUGCUUCUCAUUGUGUUAACAUUAACUACAGCUCUGCUUCUCUGCAGUUAUGCCCUUGUCUUUAAUCAUAUUCUGAUGGCUCACUGACUGAAAAAAAGUGUAUUUUAGUGUAAGAAGGUAGCCUCAGCAAGGCAAGGGCUAAUCAGAUUUGACAACUGGCUCGAUUGUUCUGCUUUCUGUAUUUCAACUUCACAUCUCUUGACCCUUUUGUAUAAAGCUGCAAUAUCCCCUUUUAUUGUUCUUUCAUAUAGAAUGUAUUUUCAAAUGUAAAAUCUCUCUCCCUUUCUCUUCUCUUUUUCUCUGUCUUUUCCUCUCUGAGUAGAUUGCAUAAGCAUUUGCCAUUGCCAAGGAAAGAAAACUGCAGCUUUAACUUGCUGGUAAUGGCAAAGGAUUUUAUUAGAGUUUGUGUUAAAAAGUAAGGGAAAAUUCUUAACUUUACCCUCCAAAGUCGAACUUUGGGUUUCUUCUUAACAGCAUAAAGUGACAGUAUCUUUUUUCCUGAAGUCAUGAAACAUGUCUUUUAUCCUGAACAGCUUUGCCUGUUAAUUACACUAGGGAAAAUGAUUCCUUUACUGAAAAGAUUGCCUUUAAAAUGAGAAAUUUUCCUCCUCCUCCUGCCCCUACCUGAACCCAGAGUUCUCUUCUCUCAGUAAAGGUGUCUUUUCAUGCUAAUCAAUGUUAACUGGGCUUACGCAUGGGUACUGAGGGCAGAAUAAAAUCCCACAGUGUAUGUAGAGUGUGUUCUUACCAUUCUGUUACAUCCAAUAGGCAUUUCAUACCUGGAGGUUUCUGUUUGACCAGAAGGGCAGAUAGUGACAGAUUCAGUGAGCUGAGUAAUGUAAGCUGUCGGAAAAUGUGUUUGACAAUUAUGUGGCAAUUUUUUAAUAUUUUAGAACAAAUAUUAUUGGACAAAUAAUAUUCAACAGCCUAUGCAGCUGGUCCAACAGGGUAAAAAGA